GAUUGCAAUGAAUGGCACCAUGCACGUGAGCACUUCCUCCUUGAUUCCAAGAACCAUGGCUACCGCUGGAACACCCGCGAGUUCAAUUACAGAGCGAUCUCUCAAUCAACAAGUUGUUCUGGAAGAAGAUGAAUAUACCGCCGCACUCUCGCACAUCAUUGCUCGCGACUUUUUCCCAUCCCUCGUUCAUCUCGAUGCCACAAACGAAUACCUCGAUGCCCUUCGCUCCAGAGACCCUCACCUUAUAAACGCUUCAGUUCGACGAUUAGAACAAAUAACUCCUUACGCAGCUGGACCCUCCGACACACCCCUUCGUGGCGGUGAGGAGCCGCCAAUGAAAAGGGCACGGUAUGACGAUAGUCUUGGCCUAGAUGGGUUCCAAGCACGGUACACGUCAGAAGAUAACUCGAGCUUUACGCAGAUAUUGGAUGAGGAGAAUCGGCAGCGAAGGGAGAAAUGGGCUUGGGCUUGGGAGGCACAAAAGCGGGUGGAAGAGCAGAGAGGAAGGAUGAUUGAAGCGAGGGAGAGAAUGCUUAUUGAGGCCCCUCAAGCGGCUGGUGUGAGAGAAAAACUUGUUAUAGAAGCACCGAAGCCCUUUGGUCUUCUUAUGGAUAAGAAGGACGAAGAGAAAGAGGAAGACGUCGAGGGUGACGGGGAGCGUGAAGAUGGUCAAAACACAGGGCAGGAAUUAGUCCUCAACACGUCAAAUGAAGGAGAUGAGCAGGUUGAUGUGAUGGCUUUGAAGAAAGAUAAACGACCUGCCGGCGUUGAUGGGUGGCAUUUCAAGGCACGGAAUUCUCUUAUGUUCUCACCGGACGCGGACAGCUGCCCUUAUCAUGAAAACUCUCGCGUGGAUAUUGUACCCAAGGGUGAAGAAAGAACCAUCCACUAUUCAAGUACACGUCUGCCAGAACAAGAUGAUUCUGUGAAUCGCUCACAGUCAUUAUCCUCCCCUCCCAGUCCAACAAGGAGUAGGAUUGACGCUGCUAUUCAGGGAACACCCUAUCACCCACGUUCACCGACGAUCAAUGAAUUCUCAUUUCUACCUGCUCUACCAUCGCCUACGCCAUCUGAACUUGGCCCCGCCGCUGUCAAACAGCUCAUGACUUGGGGAACAUUAAAUGCAACCCCACGGAUACUUUCCCGAUCUGAUGAUCCAGCCAAAGAUAUGGAUAUGCCGCCACCUAGUACGCCUUUCCGUAUAUCUGAGCCAUCAUCUCGCGAAGCGUUGUCGCAUCGAUUAUCGAGCAUGGCGUCAAAAAGUUUGAGAGCCAAGGCCGGACUACUGGGUCUUGGUCUAGGGACCCCAGGGAAGCCUUUUUCUGGCCGAAAGGGAGACAUGGGACCUCCUUUAACACCUCGACGGGCUGAAUCGGCAAGAAGUCUCACCCCCGCCGCGAAACGGCUCCUCAACCGUUCUACAAUGGGGAACCUGACUGCAAGACGCGCAGAGGCGAUGGAGAAAGCUGCUGGUUGGGACACAAGGAAAUCAGAAGAAAAGGAUAUGAGCAGAGUAAGAUGGACACCGACUCCGAGCCCCUUCACGAGGCGCUAACCAACGCAAUAAGCAUGCAACAAGAAAAAUAUCCACACUGGCGACACCAACCACUAUGUCGGCUUAGAGUAGUUCCCAGUGCCCACAGCACACUCUCGCGAUACAUCCGCAUAGUAUCUCCAAUCCUGAUAUAUGUAGUAUGCCAGUGGAAUAAAUAAGAACGUCAUUUCGUG